AUGAAACUUGUUCCGUUCUUGGUCGCCACAGCAUGCGCGUUUGAAAUCAAAACUGCUCAACAGGUUAAGUCUUUCGGUAAAACGUUAACCGACGGUGCCGCUCUACUGGUUAAGUAUUACACACCGUGGUGUGGUCAUUGUAAGUCGUUGGGGCCUUCGUUCGAGAUAGCGAGGGCGGCUGUGGAGACGUGGGAUGACGAGGAUGCAGCUCGUACUGUGUUUGCGGAGAUGAAUUGUGAAGAGAAUAUGGACCAGUGCCGCAAGUUGGGUGUGAGUGCAUUUCCAUCCAUGAAGUUUUAUAAUAACGAAGGCAAUGCAUACUUGGAGUAUCCAAAGUUGCCACGAACACCGGAGGCAAUAACAGCUUUUCUGGCGCGUUUUCGUCGGCGUGUGAAACCGUACCCGUACGUUCUGGCGCAGUACUAUGUUGGGGACGAGUGUCCGAUGACGCUCAAGUUUCGCGACUCGCUGUGUCGGGCGCAACGAACGGAGAACUACAUCGUGGGGAGUCAAAGCGCUCUCGAACUGUUGAACAGCCGGUUUAGAAAUUUGCAGAAACCCAUGCUAUUAUUCUACACCACCGAGAAUGACCGCGUUAUUACCGCGGAUGACAUCCCCGCUACCAUGAAGCGGGGAACGGAACAAUAUGCUCGUGUAGAGAACACAGUUUGCUUUGUCGAUCGAUACACUUCCGAAAAACGUUCAUGCCACGUCCUAACCACCAGAGAAGACGAGGAAUGGGUCCAGGAAAUCAAACAGAACAUACAUAAAGUCCGCGCACCCUGGAUUAUCCCGAAAGCUACGUGGUAUGACUUCUUCGCUGCCAGAGCUACCAAACCAGAAAGACGUACCAUUGUUAUUUCACACCCGAACCCUGUACUAGAUAGCUUCACGAGUAACGCCGACAAGGACAACGGAGGGCUGCUGGAUGUGAUCAAGUCACUUGAGUACCGAUAUCACACUCUUUUGGUCGACCAAAACGACGACGAAAUGAUGAAAAUAUUCCGCCAGUCGGGCCACCCCGAUGGCGGAGUUCUUGUGUUCGAAUCUAGUCAGUAUGAUAAAGGAUUUUACUACACGGAGCUCAAGGUUGAUCACGAUCGCGUCUCCGAGUUUGCGUCGUGGAUUGAGAGGAUUCAGAAAAAGCAGGUGAGGAAAGAGUAUCCUCCGAACCACCGGACGGCGCUUAGCGAGAUAGCGGGGGCGUUCUUGGAGCUGCCCCGCGCGGUCUCAGAAUACCUGACCCAGCUGUCGGUGCGACGCAAGGUACACUUCGGCCUGGCUGCGGUAAUCCUGACAGCGCUCUGGCUUUACAUUGCCCUGCCUGCGCCAGAUAGUACCCGAGCCUCGGAAGACGAACUGAAUGUUAACAGAACUCCUGAAUCACAAGCCUUUUGCCACACUGAAGAGAGAGCAAAACACGCGUCUGAAGAAAGACGUACCUACACUGAAACCGUCACCGACACGGAACCGGUUGUCGUGAAACAGUUGUCUGAAAACCUCGCCGAAGCCAGCACCACCACCGACGGCAACGGCGUCCACGAAACGGCCACCUUCCACCGCAAAGACCCACGACCGUCUAUAUUCAAUAUCGCCAGUGACGUCGCGGACGACGAAACCACCAUACGGGCCGCUGCUGGCCACCCAGCCAGCGUCCCCACGAGGACCCGGAACCCGUUGGAUCCCGACUCUUUGGCAGACCACAACUCUCGCACCUCGCUCAACAUCCCGGGCGACCAAACUGAAACCCUGGACGGCGACCGAGGUGUGUGCAUUGUCAACGGCCAUCCGGUCUAA